AACGGAGCCCCCCCCGCCCGUCGGGUUUAUUAGGUUAUGGCGGUUGGGGUCGCCCCAGUCUCAUGCCUGUCAGUAACCGUUUUUGAAAGGACAAGCUGUUAAAGACACCUGCUCGUCUCUCCUGAUCAUAAAUUACAAGAAUCAUAUUGUUUUUGUGAAAAUUACGAGAGUUACCUAUUCAUCAUCAACGUUUUACUGAAGUUUGCACAUCGUACAUUGUCGGGAUGUGAUCAUUGGGGAUUUGUGUGUGACCAAGAUCGAUUGAAUAUCGAUAAACCUUGCGGACUUUGAUCUGUUUAUCAUGGCAUCCCUUGGAGGAUCUUUUUUCUCUUGAUAAUCCGUAGGAAUUUUUGGGGGGAAAAUGACUGAUGAGUUUGACGAAAAUGCGGACGAGACCUUUCAGGAACCUCGAAAGAGGUUUUGGCAGAGAUCCUCUAGAAAGAGGACUAAAAGUGAUGCCAUUAGUAUUAGUUCUAUGGAUAUAUCCCUGGAUUCUACAAUGAUGAAGAGGAAAAAACGUCGGAGAAUAACAGAAUUCGCCACAAAUCUAUUGUCUUCCUCGGCAACGACUAGCAGACUGAGUAAUGUAUUACAGAGGUCUUUUGGAUUUCAGCCGAACAAUUCAAUAUCGAUGAUCGAUGAGGAAGUCGAUGUUGGCUCGAGUAAGAGGACGAGAAGUGGAUGUGAACGUGCCGGCAACUUAGCGAUCCGCAGUUGGGUUACAGACGUCGCCGGUUACUGUGAGGCAUCCCCCAAGCUCAGUCGCAUAGGAAGAGGUGAGGUAAAACGUCAAGAAGCUAUUUAUGAGCUGUAUUGCGGUGAGAACGUUCUCCUCAACGAUCUGACCACCCUGAAGGAGACCUAUUACGAGCCUCUGCAACUGACCGACAUAUUCACCCCCUCCGAGCUACGCACUAUGUUCGGGGACCUAGACAUGUUGAUCCAUGUUCACAGUAAACUGCGAGACGAUCUGAUCGAGCUGAGGGAUACCUCCGGCAUCACUGACAUCAUUGGUCCGACUCUGCUCGAAUGGCUGCCAACCCUUACAGAUCCCUACGUGGAAAAAUGUCGAUCCCAGAUUCUGGCCAAGCACGUUCUCGAUGAGAAGCGUCUCAGGAGCAAGAAAUUCCAGGAGUUUUUGAAGAGAAAAAUGGAAUCCCCAAGGGCAGUCGAUCUGUGGACGUAUCUUGAUGCUGCCAGAUCUCGAGUUGUUAAAUAUCCUCUUCUGGUAAAUGAAAUCUUGAAGAGGACUCCGGCGGGACAUGAGGACCGUUGCUUUUUAGAUGAAGCGAAAAUUCAGUUGUCUCAACUAUUGGAGAAAAUAGAUAAAGCUAUGGGUGACGCUGAUUGCGAGCUGGCGAGGUCAAAAAUUAACGUGAAAGAUGAGUACGAUCCUGAAGGAUGUGUAGCAGCAGCUAAAGAGCUGAUCACCGAGGGACAGCUGAAGGACUCAAGGGGACUGAAACUUCACUGCUUCUUAUUCGACACGUGUCUGGCCUUAACUCGCCGAAUUUUGAGAUCCAGAGCGAAAAAUUAUAAUCUCUCACAAUUAGUCAUUCCGAAGGCUCAACUAAAAUUCGAUCCUGAUUGCGAGGGGAAUGUCUGUGCCUUUAAAAUUGGAGAGCGAUCAUUCUUCGCGAGGGAUGAACAUGAUAAAAGACACUGGAUGGAUGCUUUUGAGAAGGUGCAUCGGGCUCCAAGAGCUUCGAUAACAAAAAAAUCAAUAGAUAAGGGGGAUAAAGGUGCUAAUGAGGAGUCUGCUGUCUCUCGAGUUCUUAGAGAGAAAAAACUUUCCAAGAGAACUGUCAGAGAACGUCCAAUCUGAAAUUCUCUCUUAAGAAAUAUUUUUAUAUAAUUUUAUAUAAUUCUAAGAAUUAGGGAUAAUGAGUGGUGUAUAAUUACGAAAAGAAUGUUCUUGCGAUUUAUCAGUCAAUUGGAGUAAAAAUCUUUGUACAAUUUA